UGGACAGACAGACUGACUCCUGGGGCCUGCCAACAGUCAAAAUGUCCAAAGGGCCUCUUAUUCUCUGGCUGCUGAUUGAACUUGGGCGGCUUUCUCUGAUUCUAGCUGCACCAGACACUGUGAGAGGGUUUUUGGGUCAGUCAGUGACCUUGCCCUGUAAGUACUCAUCCUGGUCUGAAAACAGCAACAGCAUGUGCUGGGGCAAGGGCCCGUGUCCCAAAUCCAAGUGCAACAAUGAGCUUCUCCACACUGAUGGGAUGACGGUGUUGUCCAGGAAGUCAUCAAAAUAUGAACUUCAGGGCAAUAUCCGACAAGGCGAUGUCUCCUUGACCAUCUUGAACACCAACGAAGGUGACAACAGUGUAUACUGCUGCCGCAUAGAGGUCCCUGGCUGGUUCAAUGACGUGAAAAAGAACAUUCGCCUGCAGCUGAGGAGAGCUCCAACAACCAAGCGCCCAACAACCACUACUGCCAUGACGACAACCAUAGCUGUGCUUCCAACAACAGCUGUGACUACACCUGAACUCACAACCAGAACACCACUUCAGACUACCCUCACAGCUGUGGCAACCACAUGCCCCCCAACAAUAUCAACCUUUCUUCCUGAAGCAACCCCAGUUCUUGAGACCACUGAGCCUUCAAUGGGAGCACCCACCUUCACUACAGAAUCAGAAAGUUUCUUUCUCUCCAGUGACUCUGAGAGAAGCACCGAGGUGACCUCUGGAAACAUUGCCUUGCUUACAUCCAGAGAAUCUGAAGGUUGGGGUCUCCAGUCAACGUCCCAGACAUCAAUGUGGGAAAUGAAUGAGUCAGUGACUUUUCCUCAGCCAAGAGAAAAUAUAAACAUUUCCUCCCACUUUUCCUCCCCAGAAUCUGAGACAGCAAUGGUUGUGCAGAAUGAAGCUCAAUCAGAAGAGGUAAAAAUGGUCAUCAACCCUGACCUGCUAAUGAUCAUUGCUCCCUCCGUGGGAUUUGUGCUGUUGGUGUUGCUUGUGGCGUUUUUCCUUCGAGGGAAAGUCAUGAAAACCAAUUGUUUCCAGAAACACACAAGGCUUGACAAUGUUGGAGAGUGUAAAAACACCUCUGAAGAUAUGCAGCAUGGAGGGGAAGUUGAAGAUGGUCUUUUCACACUCUAACGGGCCACCUUUUCUUAGGAUUGAGGAUGGGGGCAUCAUGUGGGAAUUGUCAAAAUAAGUCCUAGAAUGUUUUAUUUUUAAAGCCUCAUCUAUUCCAUUGGUGUCAUCCAUUCAGUCUUGCAUUAAUUUCACAAGUGCAAGGUAUUUUAGAGACCGAAACUUCCCUGCCAGGUGCUUUAAUCUCCUCUGUAGCAUCAGGCUAAGGGAUCUUCCAGACUACGCUUGAAUAAUUUCAGUGAUGGUGAGCUCACUACCACAGCUAAAGGAGAUCAUUCAAUCUCAGGGCAGUUCUGAGACAGAAAUAUUUAAAACAAAGCUGUCUCCAGAAAGCACCUGCCUGGCGGUCCUAGUUGAAUUUACUGUGUUUACCCAGAACAUGUAUAAUCUCUCUCCUCUCUGGCAGCACUCCAGAUAUUGGAAGGAGAGCUUCAUGUCUCUCCAAAGUACCUUGCCCCUGGGACAUGAUUUCUGGUCCCUUCUCUACUCUAGUUGCCUUUGCCUUGUAUGCAUUUGUAUCUCUCUCUUUAUGCCCAGCUUACGGAGUUCAGUGCCCCACUCCAGGUAUGGUAUGAGCAGCCCUAGGUCUCAUCAAUAAUUCAGGAAGUAAUGUGGAACCACACCAUAAUUUCGGCUCACCCCCUGUUCUGUUUUGUUUUUUUAAAGAGAAGAUUCUCCCUUAAGGAGUGCUCUGCAGUGGUGCGUGUGUGGUUGCACAGAGUCAGGAGUUUCCUGCAACAGGAGGCAAAGGUCCAGGUGGAGGUGGUUGUCAGAGACCUCAUUUAAGCUGGAAUUUCUCUCGACUCGUACAGUAGCUUCCAAGCCGCCUCCCAAUCUAUGCCCCUUCCCUUCUCGAUUGGUUCUCCAUGCUGUGGCAGAGAUAUCCUUUUCUAAAUACAGAUCGUAGAUUCCUGUCUCCUGACUUCUACUUUUGGCAUAGAGAAAGCAUGUGGGCUCUGCCUGAGGCUGGGUGGCUGGGUGGCCGGGACUUCAGAGGCUAGGCAGCCGACAUAGAUGAGUGAGGCAAGGGGAAGUGCUGGGCCGUUACAAAGUGGAAUGUGUCUGUGUCCACUUGAAGGCAUUAACACUCCAACUUAGAAUAAUGACCUGGCCAAGCAACACAUGGCCAUCGGCUAGAAGGAGGCAACUGGUCUGAGACUCCAAAGUCCAGGGGGUAGGGUAGGGUUUUGCCAAAUGAUGACUUAAUAAAUAUACAAUUCUUAUGCUGAGACUUCCUGAUCA